AUGUUUCACUUCUGCUUCAUUAAGGAAAUCCAAAAUACAUCUCGAUCUCAUUCUAUUCGAUUUCGAUUGAGAACGAUGCUAACACGCUAUGCAUAUCAUAAUGCAGCUCUUCGUUGUGUUACAUAUUCGUUACAUAUGCUCAAGCGACCUUCGCCUUUAAGUUACCAAGCUGUUUCCUCCAUUCAUUCAUUAGAAAAACGUACAGCCAAUGUUCCAAAUACACUAAAAACUAAUUCCGUAUCGCAUUUUGGUUCUCGUCCAUUUUCAUUAUCGAUCUCUCGUUUGUCAUCCGUUGUUCAAUUUAAGUUAGCGGACAUUGGUGAAGGUAUACGUGAAGUCGAAGUUAAAGAAUGGUAUGUUAAUGUCGGUGAUCAAGUAAAACAGUUCGAUAAGAUCUGUGAAGUUCAAUCUGACAAGGCCAAUGUAACGAUCACCUCGCGUUAUGAUGGAACAAUAGCGAAACUUCAUUACAAUGUUAAUGAUACGGCUAAAGUCGGCGAGCCGCUCGUGGAUAUUAGAAUAGAACAUGGCGUGGAUGUUCCAGCAACAAAAACAGCACCGGAGGUUGCGCAAGAACCAGUGGCGACUCAGAUCGAAGAUAAAAGUUCACUAUCCAAUAUUUUAGCAACACCAGCUGUCCGGCGGAUGGCUAAAGAUUUACAGAUUUCACUGAGCGAUGUUCAAGGUUCAGGAAAGGAUGGAAGAAUACUAAAGGAAGAUUUAUUAAAUCAUAAAUCUAGCGCUUCUAAGCCUCCAUCUCCAAGCAAAGCUUCUCCACCAUCGCCUGCUAUUGUCAAACAAGCGCCAACACCAAAGCCUCGUCCAACGACCGCAACAGUAGCUGAUCGUAACGAACCAAUCAAAGGCAUUCGCAAAGCCAUGGUUAAAACUAUGACUCAAGCAAAUGCUGUACCGCAUUUUACAUACUGUGAUGAAUACGAUCUGUCACAAUUAGUAAAAUUACGAAAACAAUUGAAGAAGCAAAAUAAAGACAUUAAAAUGUCUUAUUUACCAUUUAUUAUCAAAGCAUGUUCACAUGCUUUGACAAAUUAUCCUAUUCUGAACGCACAUGUCGAUGCGAAAUGUGAAACGAUUACAUACAAAGGUUCACAUAAUAUUGGCAUUGCUAUGGACACCAAAGAUGGUUUGUUAGUACCAAAUAUAAAAAAUGUUCAACAAUUAACGAUUAGUCAAAUUGCAAGCGAACUCAGUCGACUUCAACAAUUGGGCAAAGCAGGAAAGUUAUCCACAGAUGACCUUACCGGUGGAACAUUUUCAUUAUCAAACAUCGGAGCUAUUGGUGGUACCUAUGCAGUACCUGUUCUACUCUUACCGGAAGUUGCCAUUGGUGCACUCGGAAAAAUAGUGCGACGACUCGUUCCAGAUGAAGAAGAAGACGGUGACAGUUCAUCAAGCUCAAGUGACGAAGAAUACUGCUCAUACAGCAUCCGUUCAAUGAUGUCGGUCAGUUGGUCAGCAGAUCAUCGUGUUAUUGAUGGUGCUACAAUGGCCCGGUUUUCUAACGAACUCAAAUAUUUACUUGAAAAUCCACUUCAACUUCUUAUUAACCAAUAA